ACCAUGGCGGGGUAAAUUAUCGUGCCCCUAAAUGCUUCCCCUAAAACCCACGUCAAUAACCUGUUUCAACGAAAUGAAUCAAGAGAACCGCGAAUGAAAUGGCCCAAUGAGAAUAAUGAAUUGCAUCAUGGCUGCUGACGUUUGACGUCCAAGCUCGGGGUCUAACUUGCGCUUACCUCAGAUGAACAAUUCGUAGCUUCACUCCGGUUCAACUUCAGGCGAAGGUCAGACCCCACAAAUAAAUGCCCCGCCUUGGACUCGUCCACGAAAAUAAUAUAGAAGUCUUCCCUGUAAAUUCUUUCUAGCGCUCAAAAUCUCAAAAGCUCAAAGAAACGUAAUUUAGCAAUGGCCGACUCGUCUUCUCUGUCAGCCGUCCGCCCAUCCUUUCAACCCGGGUCGGUGCCGAACGAGAGCCCAGCAACACAAAGAAUAGUCGACGCGCUCAAGCUGCAGCAGCACAUCGAAGGCGGAUACUUUCUCGAGACCGACCGCGAUUCGUUUCGUAUUCCAAAUCCAUUUCUCAAUCAGCCGCGAGCUGCUGGCGCUGUGACUGCCGCUCCUGCGGGAGAAGAUAGCACGCGCGCCGCGAGCACGACAAUCUUCUACUACCUCACCCCAAGGACUUCUUUGGGUGCGUUCCAUCGUAAUCGCGGACGAACGAUUCACACGCUGCACCGUGGUAGAGGCAGAUAUCUCUUGAUCCAUGCAGACGAGGUCGCGGGACAGCCGGGCAAGAAGGCACGUGUAGAGACAUUUGUGGUGGGCCAUGAUGUAGCCACGGGCGAGAAGCUACAAUGGAUUGUCGAGGGCGGAAAGUUCAAGGCCAGCUUCUUGCUUCCGGAUCAUGAAGGUGGUUCGGACAGUGAGGGGCUGUUAAUUAGUGAGACGGUCAUUCCUGGUUUCGAAUACUCCGACCACGACUUUAUGGUGCCUGAACAAUUAUCGGAACUGGUGACACCGGAAGAAGCAGAGCAGUUGUCGUGGUUGUUGCGUAAAGGCCCACCACCCAAGGCGGAGGAAUUGUAAAAGUAUUGUGUUGAGAAUUUACAUGAAACACGCAAUUAGACUUACAAUGAAUCACGACAUCAGGUUAUAUCAC